AUGAUAUCCUCAAUCAACCCAGCCAAGCCACCUGAUCGAACCGAGAUACGCCAGAAAGAACUCGAACUACUGGCCGAACGGUAUGCUCCACGACGAUGGACUGGACAACCGAAAGAGCAGAAGCCAAAGCCCAAGUCAACCUUACUAGAAGGCCUGCAUGAUCUGCGUAAGGAGUCGAAGAAUCAUACACUCAUACAGACAUCAAAGCGUUCGACUAGCAUCUUAUCACGCGCAGAAAGACCCAUCCAGCCCCCAGCAGAACUACGGGGAUCAGAUCUGACGGUCAAUGUCAAUAUUCCACUCGGGCCGAUCAAAUUUCAACCUUCGACGCUCGACCCAGACUUCUUACAAAUAGAACCGAACUCCGAGACACGCUUGAAGAAACGAUUGCUCAGUCAUCAAACCCUCCAAGACUAUCUCUCCGACCGAUACGUCGUUCGCAUCAAUGAACUCUAUGCCAUCAUCCGGAAAGUUGAACUCGGUCGAUUUCAAGGGGGCACCGAGUGGAAAGUUCCCCUGGUCGGAGAUUGGGUCUUGUUUGGGGUGAUUGGACAAAAGAGUGACUUCAAAACAACAAACCCUUACAUCGCGUCACAAUUCAACCGGAUGGGCAGCACUAAACCAGAGAAUGAACAUCAGUCCGAACAAGGUACAUCGAAAGCGAAAGGCGCAGCAGCAGAAGAAGAUGAAGAAGAGGUUGUCGAUGAAUUGAAUGAUGAACUCCAGCGCGACGAUCAAUGCAAGAAAAAGGGGAACCAGGACACCGCUCCCGAAGAACCUGCAAAACCCAAGCCGAAAAAAUUUGUGACGUUCAAAUUAAUCGAUCUGAGCUCGAGCAAGAUCAGCAGUAGCGGGAGUGGGGUGAUCAACAUGAUCCUAUUCGAAGCGGACACGGAGAUUCCGAAUGGACAAGAGCCUAAUAUGAAGACCUACCGAGGCGGGAGCGGAGGAGCUUAUGAGAAGUUUUGGAAGGAACAACCCGGAACAUUGAUUGGGAUCAUGAACCCCAAAGUGUUGAAAAAUCGACCCCAACCGUCUGGUUACAGUCGUCCAAAGACCGAAAUCCUUUCAAUCACUCCCGAGAAUCAACAAUCUAUCUUUGUCGUUGGUCGGGCGAAAGAUCUCGGCUCGUGUGUGGCCAAAAGACUCGACACUGGCAAUGAAUGCGGUGAUUGGUGCGACCUUAGGAAUUGCAGCUCGCAGGGCUCUAAUUUAUCGGCGAUCUGUGAUUUCCACCUCCAGAGACAGGUUAAGAAAGUUAGGGCCAGUAGGGCUGAAUUUUUCGCUGGCACGUCCGGGAUGGUCCAACAUACUGGCAAAAGUUUUGCUGAAAGUUACGGUCGUAAGGGCAAGAAAACAGACAAGUGCGAUCCGACCACAAAGACCGGCUUACUCCCGCCAACCCAAUCGAAGCGGACUUCGAUUAACGGACAGAUCACAUAUAUCUGCGGAGGCAGUGGGAGCUCGUUAAGUGACGUCACCCGGAACUCUCGGAUGAAGAAGUUCGAAGAGCGUUAUAGUCGAGCGACGGAUGUCGACAAGGUCGAGGGGAUGAAACUCAAACGGAAGCGAGAAUUAGAAGAAAUUGAAAUGAACAAAAUCUUGACCGACCAGAAAGAGAAGAACGAUAACUACGGCUUCAAGUGUAUCCAAGAUGCUAAAUUGGCCCUGAAGAAAACUCGACCAGGCUCAACUAGUAACAAUGCCCCUCCUAAAGCCAAGAAGCGACACCUUCCUGCACAAGAUAAACCGUCAUCGAGCACGGGCAGCAGUACCAGGUCGGUCUAUUCGACGGCCGCGGUGAGAGCUAUCGGAUUCGAUCCGACGCAUCAAACCGGUAGCAAAGCCGCCCAUCUUCAUUCAAACGAACCCACCAAGAACACCUCCAGUGCGGCGUAUAAUGACUUGUUGGAGCGCUGUCCUCAAAAACAAGAGAUAUUUGUUUCAAAAGCAAAUGUCAAAGGGAAGCAGCGUGCCGCUGCUCUCGACUCCAUCGAAGGAAAAGAUGCUGACAAUGAUAGUGGAGACGGAGAUCAUUUACUCGCCGAUCGUCCUGAUAAUCAACAUCACGAGGAACAGGCCGCGCAAGAAUCCGUCCAGACUGAAACUCCCAAACGCAUCAACGCUCCUCAUGGUAAUCAAGUAGGUGGCAGUAACGAUGAGGACGACGACGACGAUGACUUGAUUAUCUGUGGUUAA